AUGUUUUCCAACACACGAAACAGGACAGAUUCCAACUCAUCAGACAACUCCAACUAUGACCCUGGUUCUCCAUUAAGCGCUUCGAGUGCCGGACAAGCCUCUCUUCUCAAGCAAAUGUAUUCACAACGUGAUAUUGCCUUCAAAUCUGGAAAAUUAAUCAAACAAGGCAAAACUGUUAAAAAUUGGAAGGAACGUUAUUGUAUGUUAAAAAGAGAUGCUCUGUAUUAUCACGAAUUGACUCCAAAAGGACAAGCUGGUAAAGUGAAAGGUAAAAUUUCAUUCAAAGAAAUCAAAGGAAACACCAGCUGCAUUCACAAAGUCACCAUCACUGUGAAAAACAAACAAAAACAAGCAAUUUCCAUCGAUUUACCAGAACGAGUUUAUUUAUUAUAUUGUGACUCUGAAUUAGAAUUAAACGACUGGUACAAAUCCAUCAUUCAGGUCCUCACCAUGAAAGAUGAAAAUCCAUUGACCUUGUCCACAAAAGGUAACUCUUCCUCCACACCAAGCACUCCGACCAGUGGAAUUUCACAAGAUAUUUUCUCACCUAAAAGUGGUAGUGGUGGCACUGGAACUCCCUAUGGAUCGUAUGGAUCUGCUGUGAGUAGUUUUGGAAGUUAUUCGGGAGCAGGUACUCCACCUUUGGGAAGUAGUGCAUUGUCUUCCCUUAAAAAAGCAUCACCUUCCACAUCGUCACCAUUGGCUGGUGUUGGAAGUGUCGAUUUGGGAGAUUUCAUUCGAACCAGUAGUAAUUUAUCAGAGACCUUAAGUGACGAGUCGGAUUCUACGAGCUCUUUCCUUCGAUCUCAAAAUGAUUUACUCUCAGAAUUUGACGAAUGGACACAUCAUGGAACGGGAAGAAAUUCCGAUGCCGAUAGUGACAAUCUGGAAGGAGGAGGUUCCAGUGGUCCUCUCCUCACCGAAGACGAAGAAUACAAUAUUGCCAUGAGUGCUGUUGAGAUUUUCUUGAAAAAGGAAGAGGGUCGAACUCCACAAGAACAAGCUUACAUUUUGGCACUGAAUGAAUACAGAAGGAAAUUAGAGGAGCAUGCCAAGAGAGUGAAUGCUCGUCCAGAUUAUUCACUCGCUGUCGGCACUUGUAUAUUUUUAAUUCCUGAAAAAGAUCGAACUCCAUCAGAGCAGGAAUACAUCAAAGAUGUCAUUUCAGCCUUCACUGAUGAAACCAAAGAUCAUGACAAACAUCGAUUAUUGCCUCUCAAGAUUCAACUCGAUAUUGUGAAAGCAGCGAAAAUCAUUAAGGAAAAACCAGAGAAGGAUCGAACCGAAGAUGAAAAACAAUACCUUAUUCGAGUGGAAGAAAUUGAAAGACAAAUUGUCAAAUUAUGUAUGAAACAUGGUGUGAGAGUGAAUCAUUCAUUGGGUACUCUACCCACGAGUCGACUCUUUUUCCAAUCUGUGAUGUCAAAGACGCCAGAGGCAACGUCCAAUCUUUAUCACAUCAAUACCACCACCAACACCACCAAUAUUCAACAUCCCAUUCAUCACACACAAGAAUCUGACACUCAACUCGAAGAAAAGCUUCUUCAGUGGCCAUCCAUUGAAGAAUGGGAUUUUCAUAAGGUGUUCUCCACUCCCAACUUUUCCAUUUGA